GGUCGAAAGCUAGAGUUAGAAAAUGAAAGUGUAUUACUCGGAUGAGUGAUUAGGGUUAUUUAAAAAUGGUGUGCGUGAGCUUUCUCCCAUAGACGAUGUCUUUUCUACAGAACUGGUGUACUUCUACACUCACACACAACAGCAAGAAAUUAAAUUGCAAUUUCUCGAAAUAUUAUUUAAAUGCACUACAUCUGAAACAACUGUAGUUCUUGCAGAUAAGACUUUGCAACCCAUCUGCUCCAAACUAAUUUCGUGUGCACUCAGAUUUCCGUGCAUGGAUAUAUACACAAAAGUUAAUCAGUUUUCGGAAAAUUCUGACACGGAACACGGUCUUGCAUCUUCUGAUUCUGAAAACAGAUACAAACGACUUGGUUUCCGCAACCACGCUGUUUCCUGUGAGUACACAGUCAUUUAAAUACUUUGUGCUUCGGCUACAUAAUCAUCAUAAACUUGAGACUGACAAUCUAUGAAAUGUUUAUUUGUGAAGCCAAGCGUUCUUCUAAAACAAAACGGUAUCAAAUAGCCCACUUUGUUCAACCAUUUAUUUCAGCGGACUGAUAAAAUGUUAAGGGCAAUCAUGACAGCUCUUUGGAGAGGCUGAGAUGCUUUCAGGUCCGUAACUCAGGACGUUGUUGACAUGCUACAGCAGACUGGGUGCUAUAGGUUAGUUCAUUAUCUCUGCUCCAUCCCGCCCACUCUGGCUGGUCGCUCAGCUGGUGCCAACUGCCCAGAGAUGAGAGAAGCACCACACACAGGACUGGAACUCUGAGCUCCGUGUCGGAACGUUCCGAAGAUGACGUCAGCGCCUCUCGAAUUCCCGUGUCGCUUCGCCGCCGAAGGAAAGGAAAAGCAACAAGAAGGAAGAGCAAUGGCGACACUGGAUCGCAAAGUGCCCAGUCCGGAGGCGUUCCUGGGCAAACCAUGGUCCUCCUGGAUCGACGCCGCCAAAAUACACUGCUCCGACAAUAUAGAUUUAGAAGACACUGUAAAGGAGGGUGGAAAAAGCAGAGAGGUUAUGAGACUUAAUAAAGAAGAUAUGCACUUGUUUGGCCACUAUCCGGCUCACGAUGACUUCUAUGUAGUUGUAUGCAAUUCCUGUAACCACGUGAUCAAACCACAGGUUUUCCAGUCACACUGUGAAAGAAGACAUGGAUCUUUGUGUAAACCAUCACUCUCUCCUGCUUCUUCACCUUCCAGUUCCCGACCACCAUUAGUCCAGAUGAAGUCGAAAACGUGCAUCAGCCAUACAUUGACCACCAACAAUCCUAAGCCAUUCAAACCAUCUAAAGACAAUCUGCAUAACUCAAACAGCAAACCACAACAUGUUGCUUUUCCUCCAAAAGUACCACGAGAUAAACCAUGUGUUUCUGUUCCAGUUGUCAGCCUUGAGAAGAUCCCUAAUCUGGUAAAGUCAGAAGCCAAUAUUAAAAUGAAUUCCACCACCACUACCAUUACUACUACUACAACUUCCACUGUAUCUUCAUCCACUAGUCCGGCUUCUGCAACUUUAGUUAAGCCUUGUUUGGUAUCAACGACUUCUAAGUCCAUAUCGCCAUCACCAGAGAAGAUUUUAAAUGGCAAAGGGAUUUUGUCUUCUCCAUCUUUAGCUAAGAAAUACCAAAAUGGCACUAGAAGCAGUAAUAAAUCAUACAAAAGACUUUCUGAGCGGGAGUUUGAUCCAAAUAAGCACUGUGGUGUACUGGAGCCAGAGACAAAGAAACCGUGCACAAGGUCACUGACAUGCAAGACUCACUCACUCAACCAUCGGCGAGCAGUACCAGGUCGCAGAAAGCAGUUUGACAUUCUUCUUGCCGAACAUAAAGCUCGAUCCAGAGAAAAAGAAGUUGCAAAAGACAAAGAUGUGCAGUUACCAAGGGAAAACCAUCAGUGCCAGGCUUCACCUAUAGCGGAACAUGGAGCAGCAGGAUCUUUGGUAAACUGCAGUCUGGAGCUCAAAGUCACUUCGCCAGCAAAGUCCAGGUCAAACGCUGUACUUUCCAAGCAGCCUCCUGCAGGUACAGCACACUGCAUUGGUCCUACAAACAAUCCAUUUAUAGCAGAAACGCCAUUGCCUUCUGUGGGUGAGCUGUCCAGCAGAUUGUCCAGUGAUGAAGAGAUGGAUGCUGUUGAGGAGGUGGAGAAGUUAGAUUGCCAUUAUUCAGGUCACCAUCCCAAGCCACUGGGAUUUUGCACAUUUGGUAGACGCUUGAUGGGAAGAGGAUACUAUGUAUUUGACAGAAGAUGGGAUCGCUUUCGGCUGGCAUUUCAUUCAAUGGUAGAAAAACACCUGAACUCACAGAUGUGGAAGAAAAUUCCUCCAGCAGCAGACAGUCCUAUGCCUUUACCAGCAGCCCCUAUAUCCUCUACAUUUUCAACAUCUGGUUUACAGACUUUCAGCAGCAACCAUGCAGUAUACCUUCCCUCAGCACAUAUUAGUUCAAGGCAUCCUCCUUCCAAUGCUGUGACGCCAUCUGCAGCCUUAACGACAUCGGAUACAAACUCUCUUAUGUCUUAUACUUCAGCAUUUAUACAUGGGACAGGAGCUUUCAACAUAAUGGACUCUACGUUUAAAUCACCAUCACUAAUACCACCGGUGCCUCAUGUAAUUGCUUCUUCACACAAGUCACCCAAAACAAAAAACAGCAAACCAUCAAAACUGAAGGAUAUGUCUGCACGCAGUGAUGAGUCCUCAAGCAGCAAGAAGAAAAAGCAGCUGUCAUCUUCCUCUUUACCUUUGCAGACAUCAUCAUCCUGCUCCCCCUCAUCAUCCAUGUCAUCAUUCUCAGGAUCUCAUAAAAGGAACUGCAUUUUAAGUACAAGAGCAUCGUUAAACUCCUAUCAGACUACAUCAUCCUUUAACAGUAUGUCUUCGCACAGUACAAACAAUGGACCUAAUCCACACAAUGCCAAAACAGAGCCCUCAGAACGGACCUCAUUGUCUGGCAGCUCUGCAGACUCAAUAAAACAUAUGAGCUUGGUUGUUAGCAGUAUUGACCCUACUUUGCCUGUACCUUCUUUGAUUCAUCAUUCUGGGGAUCAUUCCCUAGUUGCACUUAAUGCAGUGACAUCACUUCCUCCCUCAUAUGACAAGUCAGUAGGGAAGAAACGUAAAACUGCUUGUUCUAAUAAUGCUAACAAAACUAGCAAAGUAACUAAAAUGCCUGGUAUGAAUAGUGUCCAUAAAAAGAGCACUGCCAGUCUUAUGUCUUCAUUGCCAGAUUCUACAAACAAUCCUGUUGCCCGGCAGAUGGGGAAAAGCUGUACUCUUCCUUUGUCACAGUCCAGCCCUUCAGCAUUAUCAAAUGCUGCACACAACAAGCAAAAAGCAACAGUUCGGAAUGACAGAACAAAACCAUUACCUUGACAAGAAAUUAAACCAGCCAACACAUCUGAGCUCUCAACAGCAACUCUUUUAUGAGCAUAAUUCUUGUCCAAUAUAUGUUUAUCAUCUGUUAGUUUACAAAUGGUAAAUUGCUUUAAUCUGUGGUUUACAUUUUUUUUCCAUUCCUUUUAAUAAUAUGUAGUUGUGGUAUCUUUUCAUUCUGUGAAGUAUUAUGUUGUGGUACAUAAUUUAAUCCCUGUAAAGUUGCACUCUCCCUUUUUUUCCUCACUGUAACAUUUAUGUUUAUUAAAAUGUGUCCAUCAUAGUUUUUCUGGAAAGAAAAUACCACCUUAGUCUUUUUAAAUUCACCUUGUUGGAUGCAUCAUCUUCGUUCCAUUACUUGGGGUCAUAGCAACUGAGCUACCACCAUACAUAGACAAAAAAACAUGUUUUCCCCAUUUACAACAGAUGUUGACCCAUUAUCAGAUUGCAGUGGAUCAGAAGAGGCCAGUGUUCCCUGUCCCUCAGAGAAAAAAGCACAAAUGGACUUACGAAUUGCUAGAGUUGCUACUUGCACAGUAAACAUGCACACAGACCUACGCAUGUAUGUCUUUGUGUAUAAAUAUGUAUGUAUAUAACAUAUACAUACAUAUAUUUUAUAGUAAUUGAAAGUAUUUGCCCUCUUUAUAUAAAGUAAUUAAUAUGUGUUAAAGUAUUUCAUCUAAAAAAAUAAAAAUAUAUCCCUUCAGUUUUUCAAUAGCAGUGAAUUUUGUAAAUUUUUUAACCAGGAAUGGGGUCCUUUGCCCACAGACAGCAGCUUGUAUCUACAGUUGAGAAAUAAUAUUCUAUAUUUGAUACUGCACUUUUUUUAUUCAUCCCAUCACCCACACCUCCUGCUUGUUUACCAGCCUCCUUUAUCUCUUUCCUCAAGUACCUCCAUAGCUGCCUUCCUGGCAGUCCCAGACAUGAUCCUUCACUCAGCAAGCCUUCUGACUUCUUGGAUAGCAGAGCCUUUCAAGUAAUAAAUCAUAGAACGAGGGAGCGAGGAAUUAUCUGGGGAAAAGUGAAUGGGUGAUGAAAAACAUCAUUCUGUUAUUACCAUUGAAGGUCACUAACAGUGGAAGUGACAUCAGUGGACAUGAUGCAUGAAUCCAAAUGUCAUGUACCAAAUGUCUUGACAGUCCCACAUUUUACAAAUUGCAGACUGCAGGGACCCUGAUCACCACCAGGAAUUGUGUAGGCAGUGUUAAAUCCCAAAUCCUUCUUCCAGUGUAGGAAAGAUGGCUUUCAGACCCUCUAUCCUGUUCCUCACCCUAGCGACUCAUUCCACCUCACUGGAUCUUUAACUGGACCUGAGACAUGAGUGUAGUGGGUGGACUGCUUGCCACUGUCCCAGUGGGCUAGCCAAAUAAAGCUGUUUUACUGUGGUGGCCCAGUCACCAUAGCUGAGCAAGGAAAUUUAAAGUCAAAAGCUCAUUCAUUGUGCAUUUUCUCUGUAACAAAGAGUAAGAGUUUGUAUUUCAGGAUGUGGGAAGUGGGGGAACGGUGCAGAAGUAUACAUUAGUAGUACUUUCUAUACAGAAAAUUAACUGUUAGACCCAUCAUCUCAAGGUCCCCAGGACUGUAUUCCUAUAUUACUACACCUGGCAAUGUAUUUUCUUUCCAAAAUAUCAUAAAGUGGACAGUGCAACUUUUAAUACCAUUAUUUUAAUGACUUGUUUAACUCUUCACAGAGACAAUGGUCAAAUAUUUUAAAACUGGUGUUUGAUCUGAGAUGCACUGACAGUUUCACACAUGAAUGUUUUAAGCUUGUGCUUUUAUUUUGUAGAUUAUAUACUCAAAGAUUAGAUGCAACGAUAUCAGAGCAUCAUAACAGUAGAACUAUAUUUUUUUCUACAGUGUUAAAAAGUGCACUUAUUUGCCAGUUCAUUUUCAUCCCAAGGAGAUUAUACAAAAAGCAGCAACUAUGUUGAAAGGGGUUUCCUAUGACUUUUUCGGGUUUUGUGUUUUCAUUUAAGAAUGUUAAAUACAAGUUUUUAGUCUAAUUUAAGGUUUUAGUUGAAUUUUAUACAGGGCUUGAAAUGUCAUUAAGAAUUUAAGUUUUAUAGUGUUAAUUUUCAAAUAAUUUAUGUUAUGUUUCAUUAACAUGCUAACUGACCAGAUCAGUUGCUAAACAAAAAGAGGAAUUUAGGAAAGUCAGAGUAAUGUUUAUAUAUUUUUAAAUGUUUCUUGAACUAUGUUUUUAUUGUACAUUUCUUCAGAUUGAAAGCAAAAUGUAUGUAUAUAAAUAUAUUUGUUAUUUUUGCACACAAUUUUGACAUGUUUUGUUUUAGAAGCUUGUAAGUAUUUUACUUUUAUAAUUUAUUUGGGGUUGUUUAAACAACAUGGGGUUAAAAUCUCAGUAAUAAAUGUCAUUAAUAGUAAAUAGUACUUGGAGAAUUGGCUGUGCUUUUAAGGUAAAUGUUGUUGAGGAACAGAAAAUUCUGAUCAGUGACUGAAGGAACAACUCUAAUUCCUAAGUAUAGUCUUGAAGUGAUUGAGAGUUAGAAUGUAGAACUUGUUAUGUGGAAAAUACUGGCUUUUACUAGUUCUGGUGUGGAACUUUUAUGGAAACAGAUGUGAUAUAUGGCUAAACAGAAAUUAUUUUUAUAUGUGUUUUUUUUCUGAAACCAGUACUGUCCACAUCGGCACAACUACCUUUUAGAUCUCUCUUCCAUUUCUUGGGCACAUGCUGUUCCUGGGGGAGAGGAGUAUAGAAGAAAGUCUUUCCUCACAAAUCCAUAAGAAAAAGAAAGAUAUUUCCUGGGCAUGACAUUUUGAAACUGCAUAUUGGGUAGGCUUUUUUCACAAUGUCCUUGUCCAUUACUUUCACAUUGUUUCAGGUCGGGUACUUCAGCAACCCCAGAUGAACAUAUUUAGUGUAGACAUUCCAUAAUCCUUGGCAUUAAUGCCUUCCCUUUUGUGACUGUUUUUCCAGCUUUAAUACACUAGUGAUCAUGUGUUUUUAGUAUGUCAGCAACAGUGGGUUUAUUUGCUGUGUUUUAUGUUGGGAAUAAUCCUUUGCAGUAUUUUUCUCACCUUUAAGCAAAAAAAUAUUUCUGUCAUGAAAAUAGUUUAUUGUAGAAAUUGUUCCAUUGCUUGAAAAAAAAACACUUGAAUCAGAGUUUAUAAUGGGAAAGACGUAUUAAAUAAGCAGAUUAGUAAUAAUGGAUAUUUCUACAGAAUUAAUGCACAGUAUAGGAAAUGAAUGUCUUGGAUUAUUUAAUGCAAAUGUCCAUGAAAUAAUGACAGAAGUAUUUUGUUGUUGCAUAUGUAUGUAGUAAAUUGAAAUAAUGAAUGUUUGCAUAGAUGGAAAAUAAGAAAAAAAGUCAUCUCAUCUUUACUUCUAUAUUUUGUACUUAUUUAUUUUUCGGGAGUAGUAUAGAGUAGUAUUUUAAAAGCAUUCCCUCUUUUACCAGUUUAAAUUGCACAGGUCAAAUAAAAAUUGCAUUAUUUAUCCAGGAAUGGGGAGAAGAUACUAUAUUCCAGACUGGCAUCCUGCAGUAUAUUGGGUGAAUAUUUCUUCAGUGAUGCAGUUUAAAAAGAGUCAAGCUGAAACAAACCCUGAAAAGUGGCUUUUGUGUUUACCAUUCCCUUGUAAUUCCACUAGCCUAUGGAUUUGCUGUAAUGUAACCUGUUGGAUUAAAAUGGUGGUGAAUUUUGCAAUCGUUUUAAGCUCCUCCACCAAAGAUUUGAGAUCUGUUUCCCACAUCAUGGGCUCAGAAACUUUGCUUGUUCCUCUUCUAGCCUUUUGCAGAAUGCAUAAAUAUGUCAGCCAUACAAAAUGAGUCAGAUAUAAUGGAUGCCUUCUUUUGUAUUAUUGUAACAAUGUACAUAGUGCUGAUCAAAGUUUGUAGAAAAUAGUUUAUACAGCACAUUCUGUUAUUCCUGAUUUUCAUUGAACUCUUGUAUAAAAAUUAAAAGCGAACAGAUUUUUUUCUAUUUACUCCUUAUUUUUUGUUAUGCUGUUGGCCCAUGGCACUUUAAUAAAGCUGUCUAGGUUUGUAUUGCUGGUCAAGUCGUGGGUGUAAUAAAAGAAAUUGCACCUGCUAUAUUGUGCUUUCCUACUACAUAAAUUGGAAUAUUUUCAGAUAUGUUUCAAAUGGCAUUUAAAGUAGCAUGUUCUAAUAAUUUAGAAAUGCCAUACCUGUACAGUGGAAUUAUUUUCUAUAAGUAUGUAUUUUGUAACACUAAAUAUUUUUUAUUUUGUCUCCAGCACCUUUAUGUUCUAGCAGUAUCAAGUAGCAGUCAUUCCAUGCUUGUGGAUAUUGUAAACAGUUGUGUGUCAGACGUAGAUGUAAAUAGUAAAUUCUAUGGGUUACAUUUUCAAUAAAAGAACAAAACUGUUUUUCAGAUUGAUACUGCCAUGGUUUGUUACCUGGCUUGGAGAUAUUCUCCAAUGAGGGAUGUAUUUUUGUUUCCUGUUUUGUAACAGGCUUUGUAAAUAAAAUAAUUUAUAUGUUUGUAAGAAAAA